CAAAAAGAAAGACGUACUUACUUUCUUGCUCAUAAGAUCCCUCCCCCUUUCUCCCCCAUCCUAACUCAGCCCAUAUAAAGUACCUUAUCACCUCUGCAGAUCAUUCUCAACGUCUUAGACGUCAUAGUGACUCCAAUCAACCGUCUACUUGCCCCAAUUCGAUAUCUCAUCUCCAUCCAAUCCACUGGCACUGGCACUACUGGCUUCAUAUAAAAAAGAAAAUAAAGGGCGGAAUACGCCGCUGAUCUUCGUCCCUUUCACUACCAUUCAAACCAAUCUAAUCUAUCAAAGAUCAACAUCUUCAAACUAAGAAGACCAGAUCGAUAGACAAACGAAGAAGAAAAAAGAUGUCCUACAACAACAACAACAACAAUUACCACCCCAUCGCCUCAGCAGACAAAGUCCCAACCAUCCACACAAUCCAUCCUAUGAAACGCUCAACGUCUUACUCUCCCGCCGCCCAGGAGAGCGGCGACGAAGAGUACUACAAGCACCACAUCAAGAAAGACAGCGCAAGCAGCACAGUAGCCUGUGGCAACGACCAUAAAGUGAAAGCGGCGCUGACGGAGCUUCUCAACGACGAUGGAGUGAGAUCUAAUGCGCGCGGAAGCAGAUCGGUACAGAACUUGCUCAUGGAUACGGAGAAGGCGUUGAGGAAGCAGCGCAGGGAGUCGCUGUCGGGACGGGCUUCGAUUUCGGUGGCGAAGUGAGGUGAUAUCAAUGUCGAAAUGGGGAUUUAUUCUUAAUUAUUUGGUGAUGACAUGAUGAGUGAAAUUGAGGGGGUUUUGCUUUGAUUGUCGAACUGGUGGCUGGCUGCUUUGCGGUGUGUAUCUGGCAUGGUCGAGUCGGAUUCUCCUCGUGCUGGUCUGGUCUGGUCUGGUCGGUACAAGAGGUGCGCGCUGUGUCGAUGAGAUGAGGGUCUAAGCUGCUUCUGAUGAUGUUGAUGCUAUGUGAGCCGGCUGCAUAUGGAGCUGUUUGGUUCAAUAUGGUUUCAUGCAGGGUAGUAGGGCUGGAGGCUGGAGGUUAGAGGCACAGUUGACGCGCCGUUGCAGGAGCUGGAAACGAUACAUGUCUAUUGGUGGCAGCACAGUACACAUUACAGCCUUAAGGAGCAGUCGCAUAUGGUUUCUAUGCCAGAUAUGUCAAUUAAAUUAAUUCUUGUGUUUAAG